UCCUGCACCUUCUCCAUCUCCCCCCACAAUAAUAACAGCAGCAGCAUCCACGACUCGAUAAUUCCCGCAAAGCGGAAGCCAAACCCAAACAAACCCCAACCUGCAACCCAACGCAGACGAGUCGUCCAAGCAACCACCACCCGCGCCCACCUCUGCUCUGCUCUGCUCUCCUCGCCGAUGGAUCGCGCCCGCCUCGCCGUGCUCUCCGCCCACCUCGCCUCCCCCGCCGCCGCCUGCGGGGAGGCGGACGCGGCGGGGCCGCUGGAGAGGUCGGCGGCGUCUGCGGGGGCGCGAGGCGGCGCGCUGGCGGUGGUGGAUGGGAGGACGGGGAAGAGGUACGAGGUCAAGGUGUCGGACGAGGGGACCGUGCGCGCCACCGACUUCAAGAAGAUUACCACUGGAAAGGACGACAAGGGUCUUAAGAUCUAUGAUCCUGGUUAUCUCAACACAGCCCCAGUUCGCUCAUCCAUCUGCUACAUUGAUGGGGAUGAGGGAAUUCUUCGUUACAGGGGAUACCCAAUUGAAGAGUUGGCUGAAAGCAGCUCAUUUGUUGAGGUGGCCUACCUCCUGAUGUACGGAAGUUUGCCUACCCAGAGCCAAUUGGCUGGAUGGGAAUUUGCGAUUUCUCAGCACUCUGCUGUUCCCCAGGGACUCUUGGAUAUCAUACAAGCAAUGCCUCAUGACGCUCAUCCCAUGGGUGCCCUUGCCAGUGCAAUGAGCACGCUUUCUGUCUUCCAUCCGGAUGCAAACCCUGCUCUUAGAGGUCAAGAUCUUUACAAGUCGAAGCAGGUUAGGGAUAAGCAGAUUGUGCGAGUACUUGGGAAGGCACCAACAAUUGCAGCUGCAGCGUACUUGAGAUUAGCUGGAAGACCUCCUAUCCUUCCUACAAAUAGUCUCUCUUAUUCAGAGAACUUCUUGUAUAUGCUAGACUCUUUGGGUGACAAAGAAUACAAGCCAAAUCCUAGACUUGCUAGGGUUCUAGAUAUCCUUUUUAUUCUCCAUGCUGAACAUGAAAUGAACUGCUCUACAGCUGCUGCUAGGCACCUUGCUUCAAGUGGUGUUGAUGUCUUCACUGCUCUUUCUGGUGCUGUUGGAGCUCUAUAUGGUCCACUGCAUGGUGGUGCAAAUGAGGCGGUACUUAAAAUGUUAAAUGAAAUUGGAAGUGUGGAGAAUAUUCCAGAUUUCAUCGAGGGAGUGAAAAACAGGAAGAGAAAGAUGUCAGGUUUUGGGCACCGUGUUUACAAGAAUUAUGAUCCCCGUGCUAAAGUCAUCCGAAAGCUAGCAGAGGAGGUCUUCUCUAUUGUCGGACGGGAUCCUCUUAUCGAGGUUGCUGUUGCGUUGGAGAAGGCAGCAUUGUCAGAUGAUUAUUUUGUCAAGAGGAAGCUGUAUCCAAAUGUGGAUUUUUACUCUGGCUUAAUAUAUAGGGCAAUGGGAUUCCCUACAGAGUUCUUCCCUGUUCUGUUUGCAAUUCCUCGCAUGGCUGGUUGGUUAGCACAUUGGAAAGAGUCACUUGAUGAUCCAGACACUAAGAUUAUGAGGCCUCAGCAGGUAUACACUGGUGUUUGGCUGAGGCAUUACACACCUGUCAGAGAACGAGUCCCAGCAAGCCAGGGCGAACAGCUUGGUCAGAUUGCUACCUCUAACGCAACAAGGCGUCGGCGUGCAGGUUCUGCCCUGUAAGAUAGCUUCAAGGUACAGCAUCCAGCGUACAAAAUAAAAGCAAAGCUUCAUCCCUGUGCUAACAAGUCUACAUAUCUGCAUGAAUCUGGGAGCUGUAAGUCUUAAGUUGUCAAGUUCACGUAUAUAUGGGUAAUAAACUAAUAAUGCCACACCAGAGAGCACUGAGGCGUGCGUUGUAAUCGUGCUCACCCAAUGUACAUUUUCUCUUUAACUUGAAUUCUCCCAAGCAUGGAGAAUGAAAGGAUAUCUCUGGGCAGAAACUAUGAAAAUGCAAAAUUUGAAGAAGAUUUUCCA